AUGGCAUCCUCUUCCUCUUCUUCUCCCGCCUCUUGGCAAUGCAGGUAUGAUGUUUUCUUGAGUUUCAGAGGUGAAGACACUCGUCAAAACUUUACAAGUCAUCUCUAUGCUGCUUUGUGUCGAAAAGCCAUUGAGACUUUCAUAGAUAAGGAACUUAGAAGAGGGGAGGAGAUCAGUCCAGCCCUUUUGGAAGCAAUUGAGAAUUCAAAGGCUGCAGUUAUCAUUUUCUCUAAGAACUAUGCAUCCUCCCCAUGGUGCUUAGAUGAGCUUGUUAAGAUCGUCCAAUGCCAUGAACUCCAUGGGCAAAGAGUCAUCCCAGUAUUCUACCAUGUCAAUCCAUCAGAUGUGUUGGAGCAGACGGGGGUUUUUGAGGAAGCUUUUGCUGAACAUGAGAUAAGUUUCAAGGAAAAGUCACUGAGGUGGAAGGCUGCCAUGACAAAAGCAGCCAAUUUAGCAGGGUGGGAUUCACAGGUUGUUAGACCGGAGUCCAGACUUGUUGAUGAUAUUGUCAAAGACAUUUUGAGCAAAUUGAAAGAAGCAUCAGCAAGUGGUUUAGAGGAACAGGUUGGACUAGAUUCACGCAUUGAUCAAGUUAAAGGGUUGUUAUCUAUUGGAGGGUUAGAUGGAACUGAAGCAAUUGAAGGCAUAUUCCUGGACAUGUCUAAAAUAACAGAGGCACACCUAAAUCCGAAUGCUUUUGCCAGGAUGUCUAAUCUUAAAUUCCUCAAAUUCUAUAUGCCUAAUUGUGGAAUCUUUGAAGAAGAUAAUCAUAAUAAGUUGCAGCUUUCUGAAGGGCUCAAAUCUCUUCCUAAUGAGCUCCGAUAUCUAUAUUGGCAUGGAUACCCAUUGAAAUCUUUUCCAGUCAAUUUCCACCCGAUGAACCUUGUUGAGCUCAUAUUGCCUUAUAGCAAUCUUAAACGACUUUGGAAAACAUCCAUGGAUCUUGGAAAGUUGAAGAAGAUAGACCUGAGUCAUUCCCAGCAUCUUAUGGAAUUUCCAUGCCCAUCGCAGGCCCCGAAUCUUGUUGGUAUAAUUCUUACAGGCUGUACCAGUUUGCCAAAGAAGGUCCCUCCAUCUAUAAGCCGUUUCAGCAAGCUUACUUCCAUAAAUCUGAUGGAUUGCAAAAAUAUCAGGAGCUUUCCAAGUACUGUUGAUUUGGAAUUUCUUGAUACAGUUGUUCUUGCUGGCUGCUCAAAACUUGCGAGGUUUCCUGAGUUUUCAAGGAGCAUAAGACACAUAAAUCUAGAUAGAGCAGCAAUAAAAGAAGUGCCCUUGUCGGUAGGGUGCCUUGACAGACUUUGUGAAUUGCAUGUCACAAAUUGCACCAAGCUUGAGAGUCUUCCAAGCAGCAUUUGCAAGUUAAAAUCUCUUGGAAUUAUUAAUCUAUCUGGCUGCUCGAAAUUAAAGAAAUUCCCUGAGAUAUUCGAAAACAUGGAUGAUCUAUGGGAACUUGUGUUGGAUGGAACAGCCAUUGAAGUGCUACCGUCGUCAAUCGAGCAUCUAAAGAGGCUUUCUUCAUUACAUCUGAAUGUAUGCAAAAAUCUUGCUGGUCUUCCAGAAAGCUUGUGGAACUUGACAGAACUUUACGACCUUCAUCUAUCCGGCUGCUCAAAACUUGAAAAGCUUCCAAGAAAUCUUAAGAAUUUGAAACAUUUAGGGGAGCUCAAAGCAGGUCGAUGUGAUCGGUUGCUAAUUCCUGCUGACUUAACCUCUUUGUCCUCUUUACGCUCUCUAGAUCUGAGUUGCAACAAAUUUGAGAGAAUGCCUACUGCCAUCAACCAACUUUUGGAAUUGACAUUUCUUGACAUCAGUCAAUGUGAGAGGCUUAAAUCAUUGCCAGAGCUUCCUCCACAUCUAAAAGUUAUAAAAGCAUUUGACUGCAUAUCGUUGGAAACAAUAUCAAGUCUUACAGAACUCUGCCCGGUGGAAUUCAAGAAUUUUUUCUCAAAUUCAAAUUUCAUGUUCACUAAUUGCUUGAAAUUGGAUCAAAAUGCACUGAAUGAUAUCGUGUCACAUGCUCAGCAAAAACUUAGGAUUUUCAGCAUGGGAGCGGAGUGUUAUAAUGAGCUUAAUCUUGAAAGACCUUCUGUUAGAAUUUGCUAUGCUGGAAGUGAAAUACCAGAGUGGUUCCCAUUUCAAAGUGUAGGAUCUUCAAUAACAGUCCAUCUGCCACCAUGUGGACAAAAUGGUAGGUUCUUGGGAUUUGCUUCAUGCAAUGUUGUUGAGUUCCAGAAUUCUCAUUGUGGGAGUGGGUUCUCUUGUCAGUUUGAAGCUCAGUUUCAUACCAAAAAUGAUUCUGGCCGAAGCUCGCUACCCCGUAUGUUCUCGUCAUUUUAUAUUCCCAUGGGAGAUUUGGAGGAAUGCAGAUCUGUUCGGUCCGAGCACGUGCUACUAUGGUAUGAGGGUAAAUUUUUUGAUUUUGAUUGGUGCACUAAAAUCGGGCUCGAUCUCGGAGAACAUUGGUACAACGAGGCCACACUUGAAUUCCGUGCUACCCUGCCUCGUUGUUAUUGCAACAUUGAGUGUUGUAAGGUGAAGAAGUGUGGAGUCCUGUUACUAUACGCUGAAGAGGAAGUGACAACAAGUACUGACUGA